GAGUCAAAUUCCCUCCAUUACAGCUUAACCAUGGCCGCCAAUUCUUCUCUAAGGAGCUCUUCCGUCUUAUUCCUCAUCAUUCUGAUUCUUUCACCAAUAUCAUCAUCCGGGUUUUCCACCAGUACAACGACACACUACUCAUUCUCAAUCAAAGAAGCGACAAUAAAAGAUAUAAAACUAGCUGUCCAGAGAAACGAACUCACCUCAAGGCAACUUGUUGAGUUCUAUCUCGGAGAAAUCGUCAGGCUCAAUGUGCUCCUUAAAGGGAUCAUAGAAGUGAACCCUGAUGCUUUGUAUCAAGCUGAUACUGCAGACAAAGAGCGGAAGUACUAUAAUGGUUUACUGCCUGACUUGCACGGUAUUCCCAUUCUGCUCAAGGAUAACAUUGGUACUAAUGAUAAGCUGAACACCACGGCCGGUUCCUUUGCAUUGCUUGGCUCAGUCGUGCCAAGGGAUGCGGGGGUAGUGAUGAAAUUGAGAAAAGCUGGAGCAAUCAUUCUGGGUAAAGCUAGCUUGAGUGAGUGGUCUAUGUUUAGGUCGUUGACUGCACCCGCUGGCUUUAGUCCAAGAGGUGGGCAGGUAGUGGGCCUCAAACCUACAGCUGGUCUCACCAGCCGAGCUGGGGUCAUUCCAAUUACUCCAAGACAGGACACCAUUGGGCCUAUCUGCAGGACAGUGUCGGAUGCUGUUUAUGUUCUUGAUGCCAUUGUAGGCUUCGACUCGAAUGACCAUGCAACUAGAUAUGCUUCAGCUUACAUUCCUCCUGGUGGCUAUAAACAAUUCCUUAAUAGCUAUGGGCUCAAAGGAAAGAGAUUGGGCAUAGUGAGAAAUCCAUUUUUCAAAAUUGUUGAAGGAUUAGGUUUUGGUCAGACUUUUGAGACCCAUUUACAAACACUAAGGGGAGAAGGUGCUGUUUUGGUAGACAAUUUGCAAAUAGCCAACAUCGAUGUUAUACUGAAUUUCAACUUAAGUGGAGAAGCAUUGGCGACCUUAGCUGAGUUCAAAUUGUCCUUGAAUGCCUACCUUCAAGAGUUGGUGGCUUCCCCAGUGCGAUCCUUGGCAGAUAUCAUUGCCUUCAACCUGAAAUUCCCCAAUUUGGAACUGACAGAUAAAAUAGGCCAAGAUAUCUUUCUGGCAGCCCAGGCCACAAAUGGGAUUGGCGCUCAAGAGAGGGCAGCAUUGUCAAACUUGGAAAAUCUGUCGAGAAAUGGAUUCGAGAAGUUGAUGAAAGACUACAAGCUGGAUGCAUUGGCGACUCCUAGGUCAGAUGCUUCUCCUAUGUAUGCAAUUGGAGGGUUCCCAGCAAUUAUUGUGCCUGCAGGAUAUGAUAGCCAGGGGGUUCCUAUUGGCCUUUCCUUUGGGGGACUGAAGGGCUCGGAGCCGAAGCUAAUUGAAAUCGCAUAUGGCUUUGAGCAAGCUACCAAGAUUAGGAAGCCUCCUUCAUUCAAACCUUGAGAAUUACUUUCUACUACGGUCCUUUACCUAUUGUCUAUUUGCUAUUCAUGAAAAUUAA